AUGUCCUUGGAUAACAAAGAUUACAGUACAACUUCUAGACAAGAAGAGAUGGAGCUGAAUCAGACACCAUCACAUCAAACCAGUUUAUCUGCAAAAGUGGCAGCCAAACCAGUGACCAGAAGUUGCAAUGAGCUGCAGUUAUUGAAAGAGUAUCAUGGCAUGGUUGCAAGUCUUGGAGAGCCACAGACACAGUGUGAAAAAUCAGCAAUAGGGGACGAUGACUGCAUUGCUCUGGGGAAGGAUUUCACUCCUAUGCCCAUGCAGGGAAGAUAUCACUUCAAUUUUUCAAAAUUAUUCAGCUCAAGGUCAAAGCCCACUGUUUUUACAGAGAAGACCCCAUUACUGAAGGUUUCCUCAGAGGAAAAUGGGUUGCAGUGUAUGGCUCUUCAUAAUCCAGAUUUUACCACAGAUGAUGAUUCAUGGGACAACAGCUCGGCAGAAUUCGAGCAAAGGUUUCAGCUGGAAAGUGAAAUGACAAGUUUUUCCAGAUCUGCUUCUUCUGAGAAAUAUGAAAUCUUGGACAACCUUCAUGUCAAGUUCAAUUUAUCAAAGAUGAGGUGCUGUCUAAAAUUCCUGAAAGUUUCUGGUCUCUUUAUCUUUGUAGUUGUCUGCUCUAUUUUAUUUGGCAUUUAUCCAGAUCAAGGUAUGCCCUGGCAGAUGUUGGCUGUGUCACCUCUGGAAAGCUUCUCUAUGAAUCUGACUGACUUUCGUGAUUCUGCUCUAUUGAAAUUAGACAUAGGAGGUCCAUUUGGGGCACAGGAAGCUGAUGAGCAAACAGAGGAAUACAUUGUUGUACAAAUCAGCCAGAAUGAAGACACAGUGUCAAGGAGGAGGCGCCAGCAGCAGGUGGUAUACAACUGGUCUCUACCCUUAAGUUCAAGAAGAAAUCAGCAAGUCAUCACAACUAGAACCUUUCAGAUGCCAAACAGAGGCACCAUCUUCAUAAACAUUCAAGCUUUCCUGCAGGAGUCUGGAAGUGUUCCUCUCUCCAUGAAGCAUCAGUACCUUCAUGCAAAUAUAGAGGCACAAGUAACAGUUGCAUCUAUCAUCUUAGCAGGUGUCUACGUGCUGAUCAUAUUGGAAAUUGUUCACAGGACCCUUGCAGCCAUGCUGGGCUCUUUGGCCGCUUUAGCUGCCUUAGCUAUUGUUGGGGAGAAGCCAAGUAUGGUCAAAGUGGUGGAGUGGAUUGACUAUGAGACACUGGCAUUAUUGUUUGGAAUGAUGCUGUUGGUGGCCAUAUUUUCAGAGACUGGAUUCUUUGACUACUGUGCCGUAAAGGCCUAUCGGCUCUCUCGGGGCAAGGUGUGGGCCAUGAUUACACUUCUGUGCCUUAUUGCUGCAAUUCUUUCUGCAUUUCUGGACAACGUUACCACUAUGAUGCUCUUUACUCCAGUGACCAUAAGGCUCUGUGAAGUACUUAAUCUUGAUCCUAGGCACGUCCUGAUUGCGGAAGUAAUCUUCACAAAUAUUGGGGGGGCUGCCACUGCUGUUGGGGAUCCUCCAAAUGUGAUUAUUGUUUCAAAUCAGGAACUGAGGAAGAGGGGAUUGGAUUUUGCAGCCUUCACAGGGCACAUGUUUGUGGGUAUCUGCCUUGUUGUUCUGGUCUCCUUCCCUUUUCUCAGACUUCUUUACUGGAACAAAAAACUUUACAAUAAGGAGCCAAGUGAAAUUGUUGAGCUGAAACAUGAGAUCUAUGUUUGGAGGCUGACAGCUCAGCGCAUCAACCCUGCCAGCAGAGAGGAGACUGCUGUGAAAUGCCUCUUGAUGCAGAAGGUGCUGACUCUGGAGAUGCUCCUGAGGAAGAAGCUGAGGACGUUUCACAGACAAAUUUCACAAGAAGACAAAAACUGGGAAACAAAUAUCCAGGAACUUCAAAAAAAACACAGAAUAACAGACAAAAUUCUUCUCAUCAAGUGUCUGACAGUGCUGGGAUGUGUUAUUCUUAUGUUUUUUCUCAACUCAUUUGUUCCAGGCAUCUAUCUAGAUCUUGGCUGGAUUGCCAUGUUGGGAGCCCUUUGGCUGCUAGUGCUAGCAGACAUCCAUGAUUUUGAGAUGAUAUUGAACAGAGUUGAGUGGGCAACCCUCCUUUUCUUUGCAGCAUUGUUUGUUCUCAUGGAGGCUUUGGCUCAUCUGCACUUAAUAGACUAUAUAGGAGAGCAGACAGCUUUGUUAAUAAAGGUGGUUCCUGAGGAUCAGCGCUUGGCAGUGGCCAUCAUUUUAGUGCUCUGGGUGUCUGCUUUGGCCUCCUCCGUGAUUGACAACAUCCCCUUCACAGCUACAAUGAUGCCUGUGCUUCUCAAUCUGAGUAAAGAUCCAGAUGUUAACUUGCCUAUGAAACCAUUAAUCUUCUCAUUGGCCAUGGGUGCGUGCCUUGGAGGUAAUGGAACAUUGAUUGGAGCAUCUGCAAAUGUUGUUUGUGCUGGAAUUGCUGAACAGCAUGGUUAUGGCUUCUCUUUCAUGGAGUUCUUCAGGUUAGGUUUCCCCAUGAUGAUCGUGUCCUGUACCAUCGGGAUGUGCUAUCUUCUUGUUGCUCAUGUUGUAGUAGGUUGGAACUCAUAGUAAUUUAUACUUUCAAAACUCAGAUAAGCUUUCUCUUUCAUUUAGUUUAUAUCAGAAUGCUAAGAGCACAUAUGAAAGGAAAAAGAUGUGUAAAACCCCAACA